AUGUCUUCCUCUGUUAUUGUGUAUGGUGGGAAUGGGGGUCUGGGAUCUUCUUGUGUCUCGUUUUUCAAAAAAUACGGCUUCUGGGUUUGCUCUGUUGGUUGGAAAGAAAAUGUUCAGGCUGACGCUAACGUGAUCAUCACCAAACUUGAUUCCUUAGAGGAACAAUAUCAUGAGGUAGCUGAAGGUUUGAAAGAAAUUCUGAGUGGUUCUCUUGUCGAUGGGAUUUUUUGCAUGGCUGGUGGUUGGGUUGGGGGAAACUGCAGCACUGAAGGUUUCAUUAAAAGUGUUGACAUUGCAAUCAAACAAAGUGUUUGGCCUUCCGCUGUCGCUGCUUCGGUUAGUUCGAUAUACCUUCGAUCGGGUGGGUUAUUCAUUCUCUGUGGGUCUAUAGCAGCCUUGGAUGGUACUCCAAAAAUGAUUGGAUAUGGGUUAGCAAAGGCAGCCAUCCACCAGCUUACCGCAAGUUUAGCUGAACUCGAUAGCGGGAUGCCACCUGAUUGUUACGUCAUUACCUUGUUAUUUGGUACGUUAGACACACCAAUGAAUCGGAAGUUGAUGCCGAAAGCAGAUUUCUCUACUUGGACUCCUCUUGACUUCAUCAACAGACUGCUGCUUGACUGGAUCCAGGGUAAAGUGCGUCCGAAAUCUGGUAGUCUUGUUAAAGUUAUGACAAUCAAUGGCAGAAGCGAGUGUAUGCCCUGCACUGCUUAA